AUGUACGCCAAGGGCUCCGCAUCGAACAACCCGGGUGAGCGGCCUCAGGUGCGCUCCGCACUGGGCUCACUCAAACGAACAUGGUCGGGCAACCAGCAUGACCUCGGAUCGACGGCGCAGUCCUCCCAAACCCGCAAUGGAUUCAAGUCGGGCGCGCCUCCGUCCAGCCAGGAGAUCUUCUACGAGUGGUCGCCCUCCCCUUCGCCGCCGCCGACUGCAUCCAGGACGGGCGUGCGGAACUCAGACUCGGAUAAAGAAAACGGCUUCGUCGUAGCUGCAGAGAAACGCGCCAAAGUAGCUGCAGCAUCGUCGGCCAAGUCAUCAGCACUCGGACAAAGACCAGUCCACAACGGCUUUGUGGCAGCAUCGACCAUCCACCGAAGCGCGAGCCACGGCAGCGCAGUCGCCUCGUCUUCAGCAUCCAACUCGGCAUUCGGACGCGCAGCUGCGGGCGCCGCAUCGUACCAGUCUCAACCACACCGGCCGGACAGCCGCUCUUCGAGCACCGGCUCGACAGCGUCGCAGAGCAACGCAUCCGCACGCAAUCUCCCCUGGACCAAGAGCGCCUCCCAACUCCGAAACGAGAAGCGCAACGACCCCGAAGCCUAUCGUGCCAGCUCGCUCGUCUCUUCCGUCGGAAACCCAAGCGAAAGCCGGGCUUCCACGCCCUCCGCGGUAGCCUCGGGCCCGGACGGCAAGAAGAGCGUGAACAAGAUCUUCCUGUCGCAGGAGCAGCGCAAGGUGCUCAGCAUGGUGGUGGACGAGGGCAAGAACGUCUUCUUCACCGGCUCGGCAGGUACGGGAAAAUCCGUCCUGCUUCGCGAGAUCAUCCGAGAGCUGCGACGCAAGCACAGCAAGAGCCCCGACGCCGUGGCCGUGACCGCUUCCACGGGCAUCGCCGCAUGCAACAUCGGCGGUGUCACCAUCCACAGCUUCGCGGGCAUCGGUCUGGGCAAAGAGCCGGUUGCACAGCUCGUCAGCAAGAUCCGCAAGAACCGCAAGGCGACCGGCAGGUGGUCGCGCACGCAGGUGCUCAUCAUCGACGAGAUCUCCAUGGUGGACCCGGCGCUGCUGGACAAGCUCGAGGAGAUCGCGCGCGUGCUCCGCAAGAAACCCAAGCCGUUCGGCGGCAUCCAGAUCGUGAUCACCGGAGACUUUUUCCAGCUGCCGCCCGUCAACCCUGGCGGCAGCGUCACGUUUGCGUUUGACGCGCAGUGCUGGGAGCACGUGGUGCAGCACAAGGUCAACCUCACGCAGGUCUUCCGUCAGAAGGACUCGUCUUUCGUCACCAUGCUCAACGAGAUGCGCUUCGGCACGCUCUCGCAAAAGACGAUAGAGGCCUUCAAGAGGCUCGAGCGCGUGCCGCAGUACGACGGCGACAUUGUUCCGACCGAGCUGUUUCCCAUGCGCAACGAGGUGGAUGCCGCCAACGCGCAACGACUCAAUGCGCUCCAGGCCGAGUCGCAGACCUACCGAGCCCAGGACGGCGGCUCGCUUCAGGCCGAGGCGCGCGACAGGGUUCUGCAGAGUUCGAUCGCUCUGCCCGUCUUGAGCGUCAAGAAGGGCGCUCAGGUGAUGCUAAUCAAGAACAUCGACGAGACGCUGGUCAACGGCUCGAUCGGCAAGGUGGUCGACUUUGUCGACGAGAUGGAGCACGCCAGACUGGUCGGCGACCUGGAAUCGCACGAGCAAAUGACCAGCGAGCGAGAAAAGGGCACCCGCAUGCCGGGACGCAAGUGGCCGCUGGUGCGCUUCCACGUGCCCGGUGGCGGCACGCGCGACUAUCUCGCCAUGCCCGAGACGUGGAAGACCGAGCUGCCGGACGGCGAAAUCCAAGCGUCGAGGACCCAGGUGCCGCUCAUCCUGGCGUGGGCCAUGUCGAUCCACAAGUCCCAGGGCCAGACGCUGCCGUGCUGCAAGAUCAACCUCAACCGCGUCUUCGAAAAGGGUCAGGCGUACGUGGCGCUGUCGCGUGCCACCUCGAUCGAAGGGCUGCAAGUGCUCGGAUUCCAAGCAAGCAAGGUCAUGGCGCAUCCUAGAGUGAUCGAGUGGAGCAAGUCGCUCAUCGCUCUCAGCGAGUAG